AUGUUGGUGCAUCAGAUCCUGGAAGAGGACGAGAAGAAAUUAGAGAAACGUACCGACUUGUUGCGACGACGGCGAUUUGCCGAAGCUCUCGCGAGGAAGACGAAGAAGUGUUUAGGCGCUUUCGAGAGCAGAAGACUUCGUGAAAGAGGAGAAAUCAAAAGGGAAAAAUCGAGAGGGACGAAGACUCCGAUCCACGCCGUGUGGUCACGUGGUAAUGAGGCAACCUCCGAAGGAUUGUCACUGAAAUAUCAGGACCUCACGGCGAUAUUUCUGGCUGUUAGGCUGUAUUGCAGCUUUGUAAUGGAAUAUGACAUGCACACCAUUCUGGAUUUGGCUACUUUGGGAACAACUCUGUCAUCCGCUUUUGAUCCUCAUGUUUGGCAACUACAACUGUGUUGGUCCAUCCAUCGACCUCACACAACAUAUUACACAGGAUUUUCUGGGCAUUGUGUGUAUGAAGCUGUUUCGGUGCUGCCUCAGUUACGAGUGAUGCAGAACCCAAAGAUUGUUGAACCGUUCACGGCUCAUGAUGUUUUUGCACUUGGAGUAGCAAGGUUCCUUAGCUGUGCCCACUGGGUUCUACAGGUUGUGGACACGCGUGGACGGUUGCUUGUUGCAUUGGGUUAUGGACUGUGGCCAUCAAUGGUUCUUAUCUCAAGAGAUUGUUCAAACUUUCAUCUUGGCUGA